AUGUCUUCCAGUUCUUCCAUUAACUCAUCUUCCAAUCAAAUCCUUCCGGAAGAUCGACACGAAUCCUCUGAGCCGAGCUCCUCCUCUUCGAAUCCUCACCAAUCGAACUCGUCUCAGGAAGAGAGCAACCCUCCUCAGUUAGUUCGUAAGAACUCCAAGUCAGUGGAAGCGAGCAGUAGCCGUGGUAGACCUAGAGUCGAGGCUACCGAACGGUUGACGGCAGAAACUCGCAAAACAGAAGCUCGCGUUGGACCGAACGCCGACAGUAUUGACCAUGAGAUCGAGGAGGUCGAAGAACCUGAAGGAGAGGGUCAGGAAGCCGACGCCAAUGAAGCAGAAAUCGCCGAGAACAACCUUGAAGCGGUGAACCAUGCCUCACCGCCUCUUCCGAGACGAAGGGUCGUUCGCCCCAACAACGUACCGUCCUCCUCAGUUUCUUCGGGCGCUAUCCAGGCCGUGCUCGAGGAAAAUGGGCUCUUAGGCCAGAUUGCCUUCAUAAUCCUUGAAGCUGGAGAUCGGCCGUGGGACGUGCCCGAAGGCUUUCUCUGCGUUUAUCUAACUUAUUUCACGCAAUGCGGGCUCACACUUCCAAUCCCCGCUCGUCUUCUCGGGUAUUGUAAUCGGCGUGGAGUAGCUCUCUCACAGGUGAUGCCAGCCUCAGUAACGAACUACGUGGGUCCAAGGAAUGGUUUCUUUGCCGCUAAUGCUAAGCCGAAGAAGAACAUAGUGACCGGUCCCAAACCCAGUAAAUUCAAUGACUGGGAAUCCUUGUACUUUUACCUCGAGAUGAACGAUCUCACUGUCAGCAACUCUGACAUCCCAACUCAAUCGGAGUGGAAGAUUCCGAUUGGUCGUCAUCUCCCAAGUCUCAUCCUCAAUUCCGGGCUCACCUCCGAAUUCGAAGCAGCUUUCAGCGAAGCCGGCAAGCGUCGCUGGCCUGAAGUUUGGGAGGAAAUUCUUGAUCGUCGAGCUAAGAAAGCAGGUUCCGUCCGAGAACCAAAACCGCGCAAGCCAAAAGCUCGAGCUAACAAGCCCCGAGCUGCUCCAAGGCGCAAAGUUCCAAAACCACAGGUUAAGCGAACUCGCACUGCUAGGAUGCUUUCCUUGGAUGAGAUCCCAACUCUCUUUGACGAGGAGGAACCAGACGUGGCUGAUCCGACCCCAGUCCCUGCUACCGAAGGGACCAAUGAGCAGCCGGAAGAGUUGCCACCUGCUGCGAACUCACCUGACCAAGCCGGUCCGAAGAGAGUGAAGAAGAAGAAGUCUUCGAAGAAGACUAAGAAGACGGAAGAUUCUUCUCGGGUGCAAGAUGUACCCGCCGAGCUCGAUCCACCGGCGGCUAUGGGGUCGGACCUCGCUCUUUCUGAAGACCGAGGUGAAGCUUCUCAUUCCCGUAAGAGGCAAACUAGGGACCAUGUUGAGGGUUCUCCAGAGCCCGAGCCGGCUAAGAGGGCCCGAGUCUGUUUUGAUUAUGACGAGGAGACUCCUUUCGAGGAGAACAUAGAUGCUUGCGCCGAGCUCUAUCACAAGAUCUCAUCAGAGGUCCCAAGUCUUCCUUCAGUCCCCGAGCUCCGGUUCCCGAACAUGUAUAAGGGAAUUGCCCGUACAACUGCUGUGCUCGCCAGCCAGAUCAACAAUCUGGUUGCCGCGUACGAGGUAGCUCUUUUUGAUGAGCAAGUAAGGGUCUCCGAGCUCGAGGAAAGAGUCGCCAGAGCUGAGGAGCGCCUCGCCACCGAGCUACAAAUCAACGAGGCUCUCCACUCUUCGGUUGAUUUGCUGAAGCAAGAGAGUGCUGAGUUAAAGGCGGCGAAAGCCGAAUUGACUGAGGCUCAAAGUAUGCUGGCGAGGGAGUUCGAGAAAGACCGAGAGCAGCUACGAAAAUUGGUCGCACACUGGAAGGGCCGGGCGAGAAAAGUCCAUGACACGGCUUGCGAACGCCUAGAAAAAGUUAUCCGUAGUCUGGACGACGCGGACCGUGCUCGCAAGCCGUACUUGGUGGUCAACCAACUCACGGGAGUUCUCGGUUUUAUCAAGCAGUUGCGGAAGAAGGGCUUGUACGAGGUCCCACCAGAAAUGGUUGCUGAUAUCGAAGCAAAACAUGCCAAGGCGCUGGAGGACUUCCAUGCAGUCGAUGCUUGCGUUCUCACCGAGGAGGACAAGAGGAUGUCUCCGUUCGUGGAGGAAGAUGAUAUUCCGGCCGCGAACGUGACCCAGAGCGCGCAGGAUCCUGCGAGGGGUGAGCAGUUCGGCUCAAACGAAGACAUGCUUAAUGCUGCUACUUCGAAGACCGUCUAAUCUUUUCCUGCUAUUCUCGAACUUAUUUGUCCUUUCAUGGGUUAUUUUGUAAUAUUUACGUUUAUCUGAACCCUCGGUGGGCUCCUUUUGAACUUAUUUGCCUCUCGGGGGGCUUUUAAUUAUAUGCU